AUGGCGAUGCCAAAGGGGGGAUUCCUAACCCUUCUACUUUUCCUACUCUGCGCUGUCCAUUGGGAUGGGGGAUUGCCCCCCCGGGAGAAGGGCUCCCCAACUAGUUGCUCGCAAAUGCGUCCAAAUGAGUGGGGAAGUUGCACGUGGAAGAUAUGGCCACACACUUCUGUCCCCCUCUCGAGUAGUAAAAGAAGAAGCAAUACCAGCCCCUUCUACGCAGCGGGGAAGGUGCUAUAUGGGUUGAAGCAGGACAGAGACAUUAGUCUGUAUGGCCACUUCUGUUACAGUGGGAGUCGGCGGACAAAGGGAGAAAAGGGCGUAUUCAUUCUGACGAGAUCGUAUAUCCCCAACACGAAGCUCUUAAUUUUGAAGCAGACGGAGCAGGAGGUGCAUGACUAUAUGACUGGGCAGGACGGAAAGACAUGUUCAGACUUAGAGAGAAAGGCUUUGUUUGUCCACCCCUUUGAUAACAUCCCCCCGGGGCAUUCACAAAAUGCUUACUUCGUUUAUGAGGAGAAUAUCGGUGACCUUCUCAAAGGGACCCAGCUGAUUUUCGUCCUACUGGCUUGUGGACGGCACGUGAAGAAUGCCUACAAAAUUGAGUUUCGAAAUAAUACGCACUUUUUGAGGAACCAUUUUUCUUGCGAGGAUCACGGGCUGAUCGAGAUCCACCUUCUCCUGGUCGUCAUCUUAGGCAUCCUCUCCCUUGCGUACAGAAGAAAGCAGGAAUCGUUAGGGCGAGCAAACAGUGCCCUAAAGGAAGCCCUCCACAUUGGAGUGCUCCUUUUUGUCCUCUCUAAUCUAUUAUACCUCAUACAUAUAUUUGUUUAUGCAUUCAACGGGACAGGGUUCACCUCACUGAAGGUGCUCAGUCAGAUUGGUGAAGCGAUUUACGACUGCUUCGUGGUAACCAUCAUUUUUUUUAUUAUGUGUUGCACAAUCGAUAGGGAGAAACGGAGGGAAGAGACGUUCCGAACUUCGCUCACCUAUGGAGUGCUUAAAUUUUUGUACCUUCUUGUCGAAAUGCAAAACCAGGAGGAAUUGAGUCUCUACGCAUCGUUGGACUCAGUUAUGGCCCUACCUUUUGUGGUUUACCGAGUGGUCAUAGCAGGAAUGAUUUAUGGAAACUGCAAGCGACUGCUGAUGGAGAAGACCCCUGGGGAGGAGAUUUUGUUCAUCUUGCUUCACAUGUGUUUGUUAGUUAAUGGGAAGGGCAAACUCACUCAGGGGAAGUACAACCUCUGGAUUUUGUCCAUUCCGGCGUAUUACUUCCUGAUGAGCAAAGCUUCGGUGCAUUUUACCCAUCUGUAUGUGCACUCCUUGAACCUUCUAAUUUUGAUAUAUUUGGUGCACGUCGUUUCGGAGAAGAAGUACGAAGCCUUCGAAUCCAGGCACCCCUACUUGGAUAUGGAGUGA